CAGUGACCGGCUCAGCUAGGUAUCAGUUCACGGCCGCUGGGGCUGGACCCCGCGUAGGAGCUAGAAGUGGAGCUGGACCUGGGGAAGCUGAAGCUGGGCCGGGGCGGAGCGCAGAGCUGCGCCGGGGCCGCCAGGAGGGGCGUGUUGCUGCUGUCCCACCGCGAGCCGCCCCCUGCCCGCGCGGCGGCGCGCUCCUGCCAGGCCGCCUGCCUCCGCCUUCCUCUCCCCUCCCUUUCCCCGGAAUCUCCCCGCGGCGCGCCUGCACCGAGACGCUUCUCUGGGUGGGGAAGCUCCCGGCUGCUUUCUGGCUUCAUUUCUUCCUCGCAACCUAGUCUCCCAGCCCCCUCUUUUAUUUUCCUGGACUGGUCCCCUUCUGAUCCCUUCCUUAAUUGCAGGCUCCCUGCUUCCCUUCUUCGAGUGCCCGCUCCUCAGUCACUUUCCUCAGCCAAGAGUCCCAGCCUUCCCUCUUCCUUUUUUUUUCCCUGGGGUGCAACCUGUCCUGUCCCUUUCUCUGUCCUAGGGUGCAGUGGAUUCCCUACUCCUUUUCUCUGGCCUGGAGUUCCAGACCUGUGGUCUCUUCCUGUGGCCCGUCCUGGGUCCUUGUCCCUCUUCCCCAGUUUGGAGUGCUAGACCGAGAACCCAGCCUCCCUCCACCCGCAGAGGACUGCUUCUACAAAAAGACCUCUAAAACAUGAACUUUUCCUGAGAUACCCCAGUCCUUCUUCCCACCUGCUGACCCCUUGCUACUUAUGUCCCAGGUCUGACUCUCACUUUGCUAAGGGUCGAGGCCUACGGGCUGAGGGAGGGGCAGGAUGCUUCUGUGGUCUGGCAUCUGUGGCUUGUCUCCACCUCGAAUCUUCCCUUCGUUGCUUGUGGUAGUAGCAUUGGUGGGGCUACUACCUGUUCUCAGGAGCCACGGCCUCCAGCCCAGCCCUACUGCCAGCACCAUCCGAGGCUCAGAGUCGCCCCGGGAACGCUCACUUGGGGAUGUUACUACUGCCCCGCCAGAGCUCACCCCUGAGAGCCACCCUGUUAACCAUUCCAACAAUGCAGAGGGCAGGAAGGCCCGAAAGCCCUUUCCAGUCCUGGGCAUUGACUACACACACGUGCGCACACCCUUCGAGAUCUCCCUCUGGAUCCUGCUGGCCUGCCUCAUGAAGAUAGGUUUCCAUGUGAUUCCCACGAUCUCGAGCAUCGUCCCGGAGAGCUGCCUGCUGAUUGUGGUGGGGCUGCUGGUCGGGGGCCUGAUCAAGGGCGUGGGUGAGACACCCCCCUUCCUGCAGUCGGAGGUCUUCUUCCUCUUCCUGCUGCCUCCCAUCAUCCUGGAUGCAGGCUACUUCCUGCCGCUGCGGCAGUUCACAGAGAACCUGGGCACCAUCCUGAUCUUCGCCGUGGUGGGCACGCUGUGGAACGCCUUCUUCCUGGGCGGCCUCAUGUACGCCGUGUGCCUGGUGGGUGGCGAGCAGAUCAACAACAUCGGCCUCCUGGACAACCUGCUCUUCGGCAGCAUCAUCUCGGCCGUGGACCCCGUGGCUGUGCUGGCCGUCUUUGAGGAAAUUCACAUCAACGAGCUGCUGCAUAUCCUCGUCUUUGGGGAGUCCCUGCUCAAUGACGCCGUCACUGUGGUUCUGUAUCACCUCUUUGAGGAGUUUGCCAGCUAUGACCGCGUGGGCAUCGUGGACAUCGUCCUCGGCUUCCUGAGCUUCUUCGUGGUGUCCCUGGGCGGGGUCUUUGUGGGCGUGGUCUACGGGGUCAUCGCAGCCUUCACAUCCCGGUUCACUUCCCACAUUCGUGUCAUCGAGCCGCUCUUCGUCUUCCUCUACAGCUACAUGGCCUACCUGUCAGCCGAGCUCUUCCACCUGUCCGGCAUCAUGGCACUCAUUGCCUCGGGAGUGGUGAUGCGCCCCUACGUGGAGGCCAACAUCUCCCACAAGUCCCACACGACCAUCAAGUAUUUUCUGAAGAUGUGGAGCAGUGUCAGUGAGACCCUCAUCUUCAUCUUCCUGGGAGUCUCCACUGUGGCUGGCUCCCACCACUGGAACUGGACCUUUGUCAUCAGCACCCUGCUCUUCUGCCUCAUUGCCCGCGUGCUGGGUGUGCUGGGCCUGACCUGGUUCAUCAACAAGUUCCGCAUUGUAAAGCUGACACCCAAGGACCAGUUCAUCAUCGCCUACGGUGGCCUGCGAGGGGCCAUCGCCUUCUCUCUGGGCUACCUUCUGGACAAGAAGCACUUCCCCAUGUGCGACCUGUUCCUCACUGCCAUCAUCACCGUCAUCUUCUUCACUGUUUUUGUGCAGGGUAUGACCAUUCGGCCCCUGGUAGACCUGCUGGCUGUGAAGAAAAAGCAAGAAACUAAGCGCUCUAUCAAUGAGGAGAUCCACACUCAGUUCCUGGACCACCUUCUGACAGGCAUCGAGGACAUCUGUGGCCACUAUGGCCACCACCACUGGAAGGACAAGCUCAACCGGUUUAACAAGAAGUAUGUAAAGAAGUGUCUGAUAGCUGGGGAGCGCUCUAAGGAGCCCCAGCUCAUCGCCUUCUACCACAAGAUGGAGAUGAAGCAGGCCAUUGAGCUGGUGGAAAGUGGAGGCAUGGGCAAGAUCCCCUCGGCUGUCUCCACCGUCUCCAUGCAGAACAUCCACCCCAAGUCCCUGCCUGCCGAGCGCAUCCUGCCUGCACUUUCCAAGGACAAGGAAGAGGAGAUUCGCAAAAUCCUAAGGAACAACUUACAGAAGACCAGGCAGCGGCUGCGGUCUUACAACAGACACACCCUGGUGGCAGACCCCUACGAGGAGGCUUGGAACCAGAUGCUGCUCCGGAGACAGAAGGCCCGGCAACUGGAACAGAAGAUCAACAACUACCUGACAGUGCCGGCCCACAAACUGGACUCCCCCACCAUGUCUCGGGCCCGCAUCGGCUCAGAUCCACUGGCUUAUGAGCCGAAGGCCGACUUGCCCGUUAUCACCAUCGACCCAGCCUCCCCACAGUCACCCGAGUCUGUGGACCUGGUGAAUGAGGAGCUGAAGGGCAAGGUCCUCGGGCUGAACCGGGACCCCAGAGUGGCUAAUGAAGAUGAGGACGAUGAAGGGGGCAUUGUGAUGAGGACCAAGGAGCCCUCUUCCCCAGGCACUGACGAUGUUUUCACCCCUGGGCCAAGUGACAGCCCCAGCUCCCAGAGGAUACAGCGCUGCCUCAGUGACCCAGGCCCCCACCCUGAGCCUGGGGAGGGAGAGCCGUUCAUUCCCAAGGGGCAGUAGUGCUGCGGCCAGUGGGCGGUGCCUGUCCCACCACAGACUCUCCCACCAGAGCAGGGGCUGCUAGGAGCUGGGGGGGCUCCCCUCGUCCUUCCUGACCUGGAUUGCCCCUCCCCCGACCGCAUGGCAGCUGGGCCCACCACAGCACGGCUUCGCCCUGCCUCCUGGGAAGCGCCUUCACUUCCACCAGAACUGCCUUCCCAACUCCUCUGGCAGAACUGCUGGGCUGUGAGGCAGACUUUGCCCUUUCCUAGCCAGGCUCUCUCCCAUCCCCAGGGGGGGCCUCUCUGAGUUUCCCAGAGCUUGGUGACCCCCUUCCUUCUCCAUCACCCUCCUCAUUCAAACCAAUCUUAGUUUCUAACCGAAGAGCCGCUGGCUCAGCCUUGGUCCCAUCUGGGAACGAAGGAACCCAGGCCUUUCUUGGCCCAGGCCAGGCUCUUCAUUUACAGGGGAAAGGCUAGGAGAACAGACAUUUUUUUAAAGUUUUUAUUUUAUUAGGGGGAGCAGAUUUUUUUCAAGGUUUUAAUUUUCUUAUUUGAGGGAGAAGGAAGCGAGGGAGGGAGGGGGAGAGAGAGACGGCGAAGCUGCCUCCUGCCUGCUGCAUGCGCCCAUCCCAACCCGGAAUUGAGCCUGAAACCUGGGCACGUGCCCUGACCCGGAAUCAAGCCAGUGACCUUUUGGUUACAGAAGACGCUCCAGCCCAUGGAGCCGUGCUGGCCAGGGCAGGGGGGGCAGGUAUUUGACGGGCAGAGGGAUUGGUGACGCACAGCAGCCCCACCCUCCUGCCACUCUGUCAUCCUGGCUGGCCACCUCGACAUGCCCAGACUCAGAGCUGCAUCUCUGAGCUGCUCUAUGUGGAGCUGGGUCUCUGUGGACCAGGAUGGGACUCAGCUUUUUAAAUUGCUCCAGCGGGGACCACUGAGCCCUCCAGGGGCUGCUGUCAGGGGAGGGACUGACUGGGGCUCCAGGAAGUGCUGGCUUUUUAUCUGUUUUGGUUGUUCACACGUCCAUGUAUGAUCUCUUUGCACAGAGGCCAUUCCUGUUUUUAAAUCAUUUCGAAAAACCCCAGCUGAAUGAAGCUCUGGCCCUCCUACUCCAAAGAAUUACCCCUCCUCGUUUGGGUCUGUCUCCCUAAACUCCCCCAAAUCGGUUCUCUGCCUCCUGGACUCAUAACUGUAGCCCCAAGGCUCUGAUUUCAGAAGUGACACCCUAACCCCAAUCAUGGUUCUCUGACUCGCAGAUGCCGGGCCUGCUGGGCCUUCUUUGCCCUUGGCCAUGACCCUCAGUUCCUGCUGGCCUGUUCUUUCUCUUGCCCCCUCUGUUGGUCCCGGGAACUUCUCCCUCUAAUGUUCACUGCACCCAGCUUGCUGUGGAGCCCAGUCCUCAAGGAAGAAGACCUCCCCUGGGCAUCUCCCACCCAGCCAGGGCUGGUGGGUGGGCAGAGUGCUAGGCUCCCAGAAGCCUUUGCUCCCAGGUACACACUUCCACUCCCAUGCCCCCAUGGCCAGGCUUAGGACUCUUGGUGUCUGUCCUCCCCAGGGCACUCCCCCAGGAUUGUGCAAUACUCAGAGCACCCCUCUUCCCAGUGCACUGGGCAGUGGGUGCUCAUCUGUCCCCCUCACCAUGCAAGUGCUGGUUUGGGCAGGAGUCACCACUGCAAGGGUGACGUGGACAACCAUGUUCGAAGCCACCACAGCUGCUGCUGCUCUGCCGCCUAUACAGAAGAAACCAAAUUUUUUCAUAUUCUAAUAAAACCAUGUGAGUUUUUGA